CUGCAAAGGACCUCUUUAAAGUGUUGAAAAGCAAAUAUGCCACCUUGAAGACUAAGGUGCACUUGACCCAAGUCACAGUGUUUUCAAUCGCCUCCUAUACAUGUGAGAGCUGGAUGAUGAAUAAAGAAGACCAAAGAAGAAUUGACACCUUUGAACUGUGGUGUUGGAGAAGAAUAAUGAAUAUACCAUGGACUGCCAAAAAAAGGAACAAAUCUGUCUCGGAAGAAGUACAACCAGAAUGCUCUUUAGAAGCAGACGGUGAGAUUACGUCUCACAUACUUUGGACUUGUCAGGAGGGAUCAGUUCCCGGAGAAGGACAUCAUGCUUGGUAACGUAGAGGUUCAGGGAAGAAGAGGAAGACCUUCAACGAGAUAGACUGACACAGUGGCUACGACAAUGGACCCAAGCAUAACAAUUGUGAGGAUGGUGCAGGACCAGGCAGUGUUUUGUUCUGCAGCACAUAGGGUUGUUAUGAGUUGGAACUCACUCGACGACAACAACAACAACAACAACACGUAAGGUAGGUCUAUUAUUUCUGUUUUACAGAUGACAAAACUAAGGUUUAGGAAGUUUAAGUGAAUUGCUCAAGGUCAUACAGCUAAACUGGAUUAGAACUCAAGUCCCUGAACACCAGGGCCUAUGCCCAUGCCCCACCCUGACCAGAGCUCAUCAUGAGAAACAGCUCAACUGCAAGGGCACGAAAGCUGUGGUAUUGGGGACCAGAGGGGAAGUGGGGACAGAGGCGGAAGGCCAGAUCUCCUCAUGCUCACUCAUCUGUGAGACAGAGCAAGAGCAAGGGAAAGCAGGCUUGAGGGCAGGCAGCUCAACAGGAACUCUGACAGAGACCCAGCGCCAGGUCUUGGGAGCGGACACGUAACAGCCAGGAUCCCACAACACCAGGCAGGGGUCAGGAGCCCAGCCGCAGGCAACACUGCCGACUCAUGGCAACUCCAUGGACAAUGGAAUGAAACACUGCCCAGUCCUGUGCCAUCUCCAUGAUCGGUUGUGGAUCGGACAGCUGUGAUCCAUAGGUUUUCACUGGCUGAUUUCAAGAAGUAGAUCAUCACACCUUUGUUCCUAGUCUUAGCCUGGAAGCUCUGCUGAAACCUGUUCAGCAUCAUAGCAGCACGCAAGCCUCCACUGACAGAUGGUGGUAGCUCUGCAUGAUGUGCGUUGGCCAGAAAUCAAACCAGGGCACCCUGCAUGGAGGAGGCGAGCAUUCUACCACUAACCACAACUGCCUCCUAUAAAGAUAAUUACUGCACUGAAUUGUACACUUGAAAAAUGGUUAAAAUGACAAUUUUAUGCUAUAUAACAUUUUAGCACAAUGAAAAAAAGAAAAGCUCUGAUGGAGAUCUCCCCAAGGAAAAUAGGACAGCAAAGUCUUCUUGACAAGUUCAGCUAAAGUUGAGAGAUCCACCCCAUGGAGAGAUGCCUAGUGGAUGCCAAUGUCUCCAAGGAUGGCUUGGAUUUCAACUUCAUGAAGGAUUACAUGAUCCUGAACGGCCCCCAAAAGAUAGCUGUUGCGGUGCUGUGUACCCUUCUGGGCCUGCUAAGUGCCCUGGAGAACCUGGCUGUGCUCUACCUGAUCCUGUCCUCCCACCGGCUCCGCAGGAAGCCCUCAUACCUAUUCAUUGGCAGCUUGGCUGGGGCUGACUUCCUGGCCAGCGUGGUCUUUACCUGCAACUUUGUAAAUUUCCAUGUCUUCCAUGGCGUGGAUUCCAAGGCCGUCUUCCUGCUGAAGAUAGGCAGUGUGACCAUGACUUUCACAGCCUCGGUGGGCAGUCUACUUCUCACCGCCAUUGACCGCUACCUCUGCCUGCACCACCCACCCACAUACAAAGCUCUACUCACCCAGAGGAGGGCACUGGUAACCCUGGGCAUCAUGUGGGUCCUCUCUGCUUUGGUCUCCUACCUGCCCCUCAUGGGAUGGACUUGCUGUCCCAGUCCCUGCUCUGAGCUUUUCCCGCUGAUCCCCAAUAACUAUCUGCUGGGUUGGCUUCUGUUCAUCACCUUCCUCUUCUCUGGCAUCAUCUACACCUAUGGGCAUGUCCUUUGGAAGGCCCAUCAGCAUGUAGCUAGCUUGGCUGGGCACCAGGAAAGGCAGGUGCCAGGAAUGGCCCGGAUGAGGCUGGACGUGAGAUUGGCCAAGACCCUGGGGGUGGUGCUGGCUGUGCUGCUCAUUUGCUGGUUCCCAGUACUGGCCCUCAUGGUCUACAGCCUUGCCACCAAGCUAAGCGACCAGAUUAAGAAGGUCUUCGCCUUCUGCUCCAUGCUGUGCCUUUUCAACUCCAUGGUCAACCCUGUCAUCUAUGCCCUUCGGAGUGGGGAAAUCCGCUCUUCUGCUCACCACUGCCUGGCCCACUGGAAGAAGUACCUGCCAGGCCUUGGGCCUGAGGGAAAAGAAGAGGUCCCUCGGUCUUCAGUCACUGAGACAGAAGUUGAUGUGAAAAUCACCCAGUGGGCAGAUGCUAGAGGUCUGUACAGUUUUAGUUUCCGAUGAGGCCUCUUUCCCAGUUUUAAACCACCCAAGUCAGAAACCAUUUCACUCCCUAGAGGUCAGAGAGCAGUCUUGACUGCCUCAUCUUAUUUGAACCACCCCAGGAGCCCGGACAUGUACCAUUCCUCACAGAUGAGUAUUGGGACUGCCCUCUGGAGCAUGACCAGGCCAUGCCUACUGUUGUGUAGCUAGGCCCUACAAGGGGUAGCAGGAGACAAAAGGGCCUGGGACAGGCUCAGUCCACGUCAGGUCAGGAAAACCUCCAGCAAGUCAAUUUUGUGCCCUCAUCCUUCAAAGACAAUAGGGAGCCAGAGGGGGCCUUCAGGGCCAGCAAUGAAUGACUUGAAGGAAAUCUGAGAAAAAAGGAUCGUUCUCCUGGGAACUCAGUGUAUGGGCUGGCCGCCCAGCCCCUUGUUUCUGCUUAAUUGUUGGGACCUCCUUGGUUUUGGAGCUGUGAAAGCAGAUGCGCUAGACCCCACCUUUAGGUCCCUCUUGUCCAUUGAGGACCAAGAACUGGGAUCUGAUGAGGCCGUUGACACAUCUCUUACAGAGGAAACUGAUAAACCUCCAGCUCAGGACAUCUUGUUAUUAGGACAAGAGCCCUCCCUGAUACCCUGCUAAUCCCCACUCACGGUCACGGUGAUCUCUUAGGUCCCUAGGAAACAAGAAGGAGGCCGGAAUUGCUUCGGAUACAGAAUCUUGUUUUUUACUGACCUUGUAAAACCCUGCUUGAUGGAGCCAAUGAGAGCAGUGUCCCUGUUUAACCAAGCUCCAGAAAAGGAGAUAUUAACAAAGAUUUUAUAAGCCCCAAAGUGUUCCCACUCUUCUCAAUUCAGCCCCCUUUGCCUCCUCUGCACCCCUAUAAUGUAUAAUAAGCAGAAAAAGUGGGAGGAGGGGGUAAUUCUCUGUCUAUGCCCAUGGCACUGGGCUGGUAUCCCAUGGUCCAUUAUCCCAUCUCAAAUGCAGUAAGAAUACAGUCCCAUAUUUUUGAAGAUUCCAGAGUACCUAUAUUUUACAUAUCAGAGAGGCUGAGUUCCUACCAAGAGGCUUAAAAUAAUAGGCAAGAGGUGUGAGGUGGUAGGGGGAUUACUAAGGAAUUCUAAUGCAAGUAGAAGGAAAGAUAUUGAGUAAACAUGUCUUCACUGAAUAGUUACAAGAGAACGACUCCACUAUUCAUUCACUCAUUCAUCCAUCUCACAGAAGUGUACCAGGAUCUCCACUAGGUCCUGGGUGCCCAGUCAUCAAUGAGACUGCCCCUGUCUAAUGGGGCUUACAUUCUACAUUCAGGUGGAGAGAGAGCCCGUGAAGAGGCAAACAAGUAAACAAAGAAGAUAAUCACAGGUGGUAUGAUGACAGAAAUCAACAGGGAGAUGUGAUAGAGAUUAAUUGGGGCAUACAACUUUAGGUAGGAUAGACCUACUAUGUGAUACCGUCAUAAAUGAUGGCUGGCUUUUAUCGAGCUCUUACUAUGUGCUGGAGUCCCUUUGUGUUGGACAUGGUUAAGCUCUCAGCUGCUAACCGAAAGGUUGGAGCCUUGAGUCCACCCAGAGCCCACCCAAAGGCUUGUUUAUCUACUUCAAAAAAAUCAGCCAUUGAAAACCCAAUGGAGCAAAACUUAAAACAAAAAUAUCCCUGGAGUCUUCUUAAAACUAAACAAUAAUAAUAAAAAAAAAAAAGAUUAGCAAAACUAGUAAAGAAUGUCUGCCUUGAGCAUUGUGCUCUUUUAAGAACUCUCUAUAUGGGAUCAAAGUGACAACAGCAAGUUGAAAGAUUAGAUAUUCCUAUCUAAUCUUUAGGGGGCAGUGAGUCUAUGUUAAUGGGGGAGGAACAACUCAGAAAAGGAGGGUGAGAAGGGCUGCACAACUCAACGAAUAUAAUCAAUAUCAACAAAUUGUACAUGUAGAAGGGGCUGAAUUAGUGUAGGUAUGUUUUCUGUGUGUAUUAUCAAAAACAAACACAAAAUAAAUUUUAAAAAAGAAAACCCAAUGGAGUAAAGUUCUACUCUGACGUACAUCGUGUUGGUAUAAGCAGAAUGGCAUUGACGACAAGUGGGUUGGUUUUACUACGUGCCAGGCACUGGGCUGCAUGAUGAUGACAAUGAUAUUGAUGCGAAGUCAAUAUGUACUUAGAUUUUGAAGCAACUACUUUGGCUUCUGCAUGCUUGAUGUUUUUUUUCGUUGGUUCUGUUUUGGUUUUUAAUGCCUCAAUAGAGAUAGAAACAGACUCAAGGUUGUCGUGGUUUUUGAACUCAAUGGAUACGCACAUUUUGACCAUAGUCUCAGCAGCCAGUUGGAACAGAAACAUAUGUCAACAGUGCUAAGAUUCUAGUCAUCUUAAUUUUCAUGUUGAAUUUGAUCAUUAGAUAUAAAUCAUCACUUGAGAUCAAUAACCUGAUAAAGAAGGUUGUCAUGGAUUGAAUUAUGUCCCCCGCCAAAAUGUGUGUAUCAGCUUGGUUAGGCCAUGAUUCCCAGUAUUCUAUUGUCCUCCAUUUUGUGACUGUAAUUUUAUGUUAAAAAGGAUUAGGGUGGGAUUAUAACACCCCUACCAGGUCACAUCCCUGAUCCAAUGGAAAGGGAGUUUCCCUGGGGUUUGGCCUGUACCACCUUUUAUCUUACAAGAGAUAAAAGGAAAGAGAAGCAAGCAGAGAGUGGUGAACCUCAUACCACCAAGAAAGCAGUUCCAGGAGCAUCCCUUGGACCCGGGGUCCCUGCGCAGAGAAGCUCCUAGUCUGGGGGAAGAUUGAUGAGAAGGCCGACAGAGAGACAAAGCCUUCCUCUGGAGCUGACACCCUGAAUUUGGACUUUUUUACUGUGAGAAAAUAAAUGUCUCUUUGUUAAAGCCAUCCACUUGUGGUAUUUCGGUUAUAGCAGCAUUUAGAUGACUAAGACAAAGGUCUUGGUAUCUGGAUACCUCCUAGAGGCAAAGACACUUGUUCGAGGUCAUACCGCGAAAGCGGGGGUUUCCAAACCAGAUCUGUUUGACUCCAAAGCCUGCCCUGUUAGCCACUAGCCUGUUAGCCUACUUUAGUCAAAUUCUGUUUGAAUUAUCACUCCUUAGAUCAUUGCAAAGUUGUUUGCAUAAUUAUAUCUCAACAUACUUCAUUUUAUGUCCCGAAGGACAAAGUCCGCCCAGGUGUCAUAGCCCAUAUCACAGACUGUGUUAAAUUGCAGUCACCAGUUCAUCUUCCCCACAAGAUGAUGAGCUCUGUGUUCCCCUGGGGGUCCCCAGCGCUCAGCGAGGACCCAGCAUAUGGUCCCGAGGGGUCUGGUCAAUAACUUAGAAAUGAAAUGUUUCUGAAAAGCUCAUUGUGAACUGCAUUUUGGAAAAUCAAAUUUUAUUUUAACCCAACUCUUCGUAAAGCGAAGAAAUGCUGUAAUUUUUUUAAAAUAAAUUUGCAUGUUCAUAUGUUGUGAUUCCUUAAAGCUGCAGUGUGCCUUUCUUUAUUCAUUGGUGGGUCUUCUCUCAUUUGAACAUAAAAGAUGCCCAAGUACCUGGCACAUUGAUACUCAGUAAAUAUUUGUCGAAAAAAUAAAACUAGAUUUAAAAAUUCAUUAAAUUAAAUGCUGUCACUUCCCUACUUUCUACCUCUCUCCUUCUGCAGUUAUACUCUCUGCUUUAACUAAGGAGCAGAAUUUAUGCAGAAGGGUGACAGGAGGGAGGAGGAACCCUAAAUAUCACUGAGAACUGCCCUCAUUAUUUAGAUAAGGAAACAGGGCCCAGAUUUGCCCAAGGAGACCCAGCGAGAUGGUGUCUCGUACGAGAAACCCAGAUUUCCUAGCUUCCAGUUCUGUCCACUCUACCACAGUGCCUGUCAUCUGCUCCUGCAGAUGUACAUUUUGGUUAUAAGCAUAAGGAGAAAUGAAGGUCACAGUGUCCCAUUUUAUCUUCCUGAAGACAUGUUUUGCAACGUCAAAGACCAAUUGCUUAUUCUGAUCACUGGAAAAAGUGUCUAACUGAGUUUAUUUUAAGGUGUCAAUGUUUAUUGUUUUGGACAAUAUUUCAACAUAAUCUUACAGAAGAAGAAACACGGAAUAACAAUGUCGUUGUUGUUGCUAAGUACCAUCAAGUUGGUUCCAACUUAUAGCAAUCCUAUGUACAACAGAAUGAAACACUGUCUGGUCCUGCACCACCCUCACAACUGCUGCUGUGUUUGAGCCCAUUGUUGCAGCCACUGUGUCAAUCCAUCUCAUUGAGGGUCUUCCUCUUUUUCUCUGAUCCUCUACUUUACCAAGCAUGAUGUCCUUCUCCAGGAACUGGUCCCUUCU